AUGUCAGGCCAGAAUGAGGAAUUAACAGCCGAUGAAAUCGCGUUAUAUGAUAGACAAAUAAGAUUAUGGGGUAUGGCAACUCAAUUAAGAAUGAGAUCAACAAAAAUUUUAAUAAUAAAUUUAGGUGCAGUAGGUACAGAAACUGUUAAAAAUUUGGUAUUGGGAGGUAUAAAUUCAAUUGAAAUUCUAGAUCCUUCAUUUGUCAAGGCUGAAGAUUUUACUGCUCAAUUUUUUUUACCUAAUGAUCAAUCAAUAAUUGGGGAGUUGAAAUUACCUUUAGUUUAUGAUAAGAUUAAAGAGUUGAAUCCCGCAGUAAACUUAUCAAUCAAUACGGGAUCAAUUAAUGAACACAUUGGAGAUUUAAACUAUUUAAAGAAAUUUGAUUUAGUUAUAGGCACAGAAUUAACAAAACAACAAAUCAUAGAAUUAAAUAAAUCAACAAGAGAAUUAAAUAUUCCAUUAUAUGUAAGUGGAAUGCAUGGAAUGUUUGGUUACAUAUUUGUUGAUUUGAUCCAACACUUAUCAAUUAAUGAAAUGAAUGAAAGUUCGAUUCCAAGAAGAAUCAAUAUCGAAUAUUCAAGAAAUAAAAAAAUUAUAAAAGUUGAAUCAAAUAAAGAAACUAAAGUUGAUUCGGUGACGAUAAAGGAUAAAUAUUCACCUUUAAAAACCAUAUUCACCUCAAAAACAUUACCGGAAAUAUUGAAAAAGCGAGAAUUGAAAAAAGUCAAUGCUUUACCAAUAAUAUUCACUUUGUUUGAUAUACUGAGACCAGAAAAUCCAGAAGAUAUAAUACAUCCAACAGAAUUAAAAGAAAAACUUAAAUCAACAUACGAAGACUUAUCAUUAGAUCCAUCAUUAAUUUCUACAGAAUACAUUGAAAUGUUUAGUAAACAAGCAUUUACAGAAUUCUCACCAACAGCAGCAAUAUUGGGGGGAACAUUAGCUCAAGAUGUUAUACAAUAUUUAAGUAAAAAUCAUUCACCUAUAAAUAAUGUUUUGGUGUUGGAUGCAGUUGAAGUAGUUAUGCCUAUAUAUUCUAUGUAA